CUCGAGAGCGCAGCAGCCAUGGAGGUGAUUCAAAAAUCCCGCAAACGAAACCACACAUCUCAACCACCCUCUUCCACUUUCACCCGCAGCAGAGCCCAGAGCCUCUUACACCGGAGCCGCUCCGGCCAGAUCCGCCACGAUCCCGUCCGGCGUAAGGCGGAACCACAUCCCGUUCCAGUUCCAGUUCCAACACAAGAUAAACUCUAUCACGUUCCCGUUCAUCUUGCUGGAAACAAUGCAACACAAGAAUUUUCCGAAUCGGAAUACAAAUCUCUCAUUCAGGAUAUUUGCAAGGAAUAUUGCGAAUCGGAUUCAGAAGAUAAAGAUCUCGUGAAGGAUCUUUGCAAGAAAGCGAAGCUUGACGACGGUGACCUAGCUUGUGCUACAGCGAAGGAUCUUCGCAUGAGACGAGUUUACUCGUUUUUGUCUAGUGCUGGUGCUUGCUCCGAUCGGAUCGGAAGUGCGUUGUCCAAUGGGAGUGUUGUUGAUUCUGACAGGGAAGUAGCUGAGUUAGGGUUUCAAUCGCAAUUUGCUGAUAACGGCGACGCACUUGAUGAUGGGAGGGUCUCACUGACUGAGGUACCAGUUUUAGGGCUUACAUGUGAACCUCGGGAUUUCAACCGGGGAAACACUGAAUCGUCAUGUGAAAGUCCGAAGUUGCAAGUUCACAAGCAAAUUGAUGAAGGAAAUGGUGGCUAUUGUUUGGAGAAGAUUGAUGAUUUGGGUGAAGAACCAGUACAAACGACACCACCAGAUGCUGUGAUAAGUAUUAAUUUGGAAGUUAACGGAGAUGCGAGGAAAACUGAAGAGGCUCUCUGUGUUAAAGAUACUCCUCUUGCUGUUAAUGCAGGGGAAAAUUCAGGCAAGGGUUUUUCUGGUUCCAAAGAUUGCCAGUUAUAUAGUCAUGUUCUCAAGAGCAAAUCUAUACUCAAGCCACGUUUACCAGGGAAAUUAUUCAAAGCUCCAGGUUCAGUCAAUUACAGAAGGCUAAUGGAGGUUAUGGGAGAUGAUUUUGGUAUACUGAACUCGGGUCAUUGCCUCAAAGAUAAGAAGGUUAUGGAUGCACCGGGGCUUGAAUUUCCUUUGUUGUCUGAUAAUCGCGAAGCUUCUAAACCAGAAACUAUGACUGAUAGUUGCACCUUGCUCGAUACUAAUGGGCCAAAACUGACUUCUUCACCAAUGCAAUUAAAUACUGCUAAAGUGAAUGGUGAGUGUUUAUCCAGGCCAUCCGUGGAUGGUGAAACUGUGAGUGAUUCAAAGGUGGAUCCAGCUGCAGGUUUUCUUGGUGCUAGAGAUGUUGGUAAUGCUAAGGCUACUAACCACAAUAGUUGUGCCUCAGAGCAGCUUGGCGUUUUGAAUAAAGAUUCUAUACCAACGACCCAUGAUGCUGAGAUAUAUGAUACUUCAAUUCUCAAUAUAGACCAAACGCAGAGUGUGGCAAAGGAUAUGUGCCCCAAAGCUGACAAGAGCAACGAACCUCUUAAGAGUAAACAUGCGCGUAGACCUUAUUUGCACGGGAAGCUGGUCAAAACCCCAGGUUCAGUCAACUAUAGAAGGUUGCUUCCAUUUCUGAACAAUCUUACUAAAGACGACUCUGGUACAUCAAAAUUUGGUGACCAGACUCAAGAUGUGGGUUUGUAUUCAAAGGAGCUUCCUUUGCCAUCUCAAAGUGAAGAAGCUUCUAUUCACAUGCAAAUGACAGUCAGUGUCCCAAUGCAAGACAAAGUUGACUCUAAUGCUUCGGCAAGCAACAUCUUAGUUAAUCCUGCUAAUAUGUUAACUCAUGGCAACCUUCCAGAAUUGGCAUCUUCCCAAGACUUCUCUGAAUUGCCAAUGCAAUUGGAUGCAAACGAAACAGUCCAGGAGUGCUUAUCUGAGUCCCACGUUCAGGCACACUCUGAGAAGGCUGCAAUUUCUUCAAAAGACAAGUGCUUGAGUGAAUCAAAGACUGAUCCUUGUUCAGUAAUGAGGGAUUUUCACUGUUCUAAGAUUGUCACCAAUGCUGCUAACCAUGAUGGCCCUAAUCAAGUGCACACCACUAUAUCCGAGCAGCACUUUAGUGAGUCACAACCCAAAGACCAAAACUUGCCUAAUAUUAAUGAUGAUAUCUUCAGCCUUCCAUUUAAGCAUCAUUCAAGUGAAGAACAAGGAUUCACUAUUGGAUAUGAUAAAAGUAAGGAGUUAGUGAAUCUGGAGAAGUUGGAAUCUGUUAGCAGCUGUCCUCCUCAGGGUCAGAGUCUAAGUCAAUUGGAUCAUAAUAUGCUAGAUGUGGAGGAGAAUGAAACAAGCAGCCAUGCAAUUAGCAAAACUGAUGAUGAUGUGGUUUUAAGUUGUGUCAGUAUUUCAAAAGAACCUAUACAACCAUCUGAGAAGAUUAUCUCUGAUAAACCAGAGCUACAAGACAUUGCAGAGGAGAAGGAAACAAAUAGCUGUGCAAUUAGGAAGUUUGACGAUGCUGUUGUUUUAAGUUGUGUCAACAUCUCAAAUGAAGAACCUAGGCCACCAUCACAGAAGAUUAUCUCUGAUAAACCUGAGAUACCAGACAUUGCAGCACAUGGCGGUGACACUUCAGGAAGUCUACUGAAUGGCCUAGUUUAUGCCUCAAAGAUGCCUUCAAAAGGAAGCAACAACAAAAAUGCUAGUUCUGUUCGUGAGAUUGAAAAUGGAUCUGAAUCCAAGACCACACCGGUUCUAAAUCGUUGUCCACGAACGAAGUUGUUUAAACAUGUUGGGUCUUUCAACUAUAAAAGAUUGCUUCCAAUUUUCUUGGAAACUGUAAAGUCUAAUUCCUGUGCUUCAAAUAAUGAUCAUCACCCAAAAGUUCAGAAGCUUUUAGAUCAUGCUCCAGCUGUUCCAAUUUCAGUUUCAAACUUUUUAGUAAAUCGGACAAGUGCUUCAAAUGACUGUGUUCCUAUGGAUGAUAGUACAUGUGAUUCUGGUGCUCAGAAAGAAACAGAGUUGCAUACUUGUGAUUUAAAUAAUGAUAGUUCAAGCCCAAUAUCUCAACUGCCAGAUAAACAGAUCGUAUCAAAUGGACUUGACAAGCUGGAGAACUUUGUCAGUUCACCAAUUUCUGUUCCGAGAGAUUUACUAACCACCCCUUUAAGGCCUAUAGCUGAUGAAGUUGACACUAGAGAAAAAGAGGCUACACCUGCCCUGUCUACUGAGGAGAGGUCACCUGAAACACUUGGAAAUUAUCAGAGCUUGUCCCAACUGAAAGUCUCAGAUCAAGUUAGUGCCCCCACUGUUGGUUCUCAAAAAGGAAUUUUGAGAAGAAACCCCAGAGGAUGCCGAGGGCUUUGCACAUGUUUAAACUGUGCUUCUUUUCGCCUUCAUGCAGAAAGAGCAUUUGAAUUUUCUAGAAACCAGAUGCUAGAUGCUGAUGAGGUUGCCCAAGACCUUAUGAAGGAACUAUCCCAUCUCAGAAACAUUUUAGAAAGUAAUAUUAAUAAUGAUGGUGUCAGUGACACUCCUGUUUUUGAUGGAAGCCAGGUGAAAGAAGCCUGCAGGAAAGCAUUUGAAAUAGAACAACUGGCAAAGGAUCGGCUUAGCCAAAUGAAUGAUGAUCUUAACAUGCAUUGCAGAACACCGAGUCUGCAGCCACCAAGUGUUAAAUUUUCAGAUCACGUUGAAGAAAAAGUCAUUCAACCAGAAGCAUAAGAAUAGCCAUUUGCAUCUCUUAAGCUAUCUAUCACUUGAAUAGACAUCUGUUUCUAAGAGAUGGAACAAGUUCAGCUUAAUGUUAAGAAACUAAAACAAAUACCUGGAACUAUGUUGGUACUUGAUAUUUCAAGCAGUAUGGGGGAAAAAGUGACAGGGAGAAGAAGAACCUUGUAGAGAUUUGUUUUAAUUCCACUUUUUCUUGGGUGUUCUGUAGAUACAUUUUUUUUUACAGAGGGGUUAAUAUUUAAUUUUCAUAUUCAAAGAAAAUUGGACUUAUUUUUCUGGCUGAUUAUCAACUAGCACUUACAAAUAUUGGUUCCGGAUACUUGGACCUAUUUAAUUUGUUUUUUUUCAAA